AUUAUUCCAAUGGGCCAUCAAAAAUCAAACUUUAAGUCCAUCUAUAUAAAGCGGAAGUGGCCCAAUAAUAACAGCCUCUGCCCCAACCAGCCCUAGGGUGGGUCUUCGUCUUUCUUCUCUGAACUGAAGUAUCAUAAACUCACCGGAAACAGAUGGAUGGCAGUUUUGCGAAAGAGCUUUACUCAGAAAGUUUGCAUCUAUCAAAAUUAGAAUUGGAUUCUAUUCCAACUGUUUGUGAUGUAGAUGAUUUGCAGGCUGAAGAUGGAAAUAUUUGGGAUAGUUCUGAUGACGAAUUGGAUAGGGAAGGGGAGAUGAGGCGCAACCAAUUUCAUACGAUUGGAUAUCGUGAUGGUGUCAUAGCAGGAAAAGAAGCUAUUGCUCAAGAUGGAUUUAAUAUUGGUUUUAAGGAGUCGGUGCUUGAAGGAUUCAAUUGGGGUAUUGUUAGAGGGGUUACCAGUGCACUUGCAUGCCUUCCAGAAGGGUUGAGAGAGAGGCUUAUUGAAACACAAGAAAAGAGAAACAAAUUCCAAUCCUUGUAUGAAUCUGUGCAUUCUCUUUCGACAACAGAUGCACUCAAAUUGUUUCAUGAUGAUAUGAUGACAAAGAAAGCAGUGGAGCAGAGUGAGCAUGCUAAUGCUACUUCUGAGACAGCAAGUUCGCACUGCAGUCUGGAAAAGUAUACUGGAGUGCUUCAAUCCCUUCUUCUGGAAUCUCCUGUAAUCAAGUCACAUUUCUCGAAAUGAUUGUUGAAAUAAAAUAACUUUAUUUGAGAGUUACACAUAGUUGACUAGGAGGAUCAAUUUGAUUGUAGCUCUCAGUAAAUUUACUAAAGACGAAAAUGAUUUAUUUGAUGUUAUGGUUAUUUUGUACUGAAAGUAACAUAAUGAAAAUAGUGUGAAAAUUUUUCUGUA